UUGCUGUUGUUUAGGUUAUUUGGGUAGCCCGACUCUUGGCACUAAAUAGAUACCCAGUAGCCUACGUCGAAAAUGUAAAUUCCUACAUUGUGGUAAACUACUCCUGAACACACACACACGCAGAUAAACUUAAUAAAGGUGGAGACUAGGGACAUCAGAUGAAGUGGGAGAGACGCUGAAAUGUCCAUUUGAUUCAACAGCUUCUGCAAAGCAUGGAGGACCCGGAUCACCGUCAGCAAAAGCUGGAUAAUCAGCGAAGCUUGCUGAUCAAAAAACAGCAGAAAAAGAGGUCAGACAUCCAGAUGGUCACAGCCAAUCUUGACGCUAAACCCAAGAACCGUCGACAGAAAGCUGGAAGCGAUGACACGGCCCUGUUAAUUGAGCCAUCCCCAAGCAACACAUCCUUGAAUGACUCUCCAGCUGAGCAGUCUCUUGAUGGCAUGCUCGAAGAGAUCAGCCUGGGAGAGCACAACAUUUCCAACCAGACAAACAGGGCCGUCUAUGAGGACGCCCCGCCAACCAUUCCCAUCAUCACUAAGACCCUCGACUUGGACAUCGAGAGCCAAUGCAUCCUGGAACCAGAGAGCCAAACUGAGAAGAAGACCAAAAAGAAAGGAGUGAAAAAGGCACAGGGAAAAUUGGAGAAAAAUGAUGCAGAGGAUGGAGAGAAGCAGAGAGAAAAGAAAGAGAAGAAACCAGCAAAGAAGAAAGACAAGAAAAAUGAAAAUAAACUGAAGGCAAAGCAGAAUGAGGAGGAACAAACGGCGAUUCAGAUAGACUCAGUGACAGAGUUCCAGAUAGGCAAUGAAAGGAUAUCUGGAUCAGAAGCUGAAGAUGAGAAGAAAGACUGGUCCAAGAGCCCUGUCCCUCCCACUCCCAAGAAAAAACAAGUGAUAAAGGAACAUUUACAAUUGAGUGACAAUGAAGAAGAUGAAGCCAUAGAGAUUGUGAAAUCCCCUAAACUGUCCAAAAAGAAGGAAAAGAGAGACAAGAUCAAUCACAGCAUUGCUUCUCUCAAUUCCAACUACAGGGAGUCUUCUUCUGAGAAUGAAUCUACUGGAAGAUCAUCCCCACUGUCUGUGGAAGACCUGGAGCAGUUUGCCUUGCGACCUGCUCCGAGGGACAUGACCAUUCAGUGCAGAAUCACCAGAGACAGGAGAGGUAUGGAGAAGGGAAUCUACCCUACCUACUACCUGCACAUGGAGAAGGAGGAUGGCAAAAGGGUGUUCCUGAUGGCUGGGAGGAAGAGGAAGAGAAGCAAAACAUCAAACUACCUCAUCUCAAUUGACCCUACUGACCUGUCCAGAGACAAAGACAGCUACAUUGGCAAAUUAAGAUCAAAUGUCUUGGGCACUCGCUUUACCGUGUAUGACAAUGGAGUGAAUCCAGAGAAAAAACCCUUUGUUCAGGAGUGUGAAAAGCUUCGUCAGGAGCUAGUGGCAAUAUGUUAUGAGAAGAAUGUUUUGGGGUUCAAAGGCCCAAGGAAAAUGACUGUGGUCAUUCCAGGGAUGAAAGAAAAUGAUGAAAGAGUCUGCAUUCGGCCCAAAUCUGACCUGGAGACUCUGCUCACCCGCCAUGAGAAUAGCAACACGGAGAACCUGGUGACCCUGAUCAACAAGUCCCCAAGCUGGAACGAACAAUCCCAGUCUUACGUCCUCAACUUCCACGGGAGGGUUACUCAGGCAUCUGUCAAAAACUUUCAGAUCGUUCACCCCGAUAACGUGGACUACAUUGUCAUGCAAUUUGGGAGAGUGGCCGAAGAUGUAUUCUCCAUGGACUACAGUUUCCCUAUGUGUGCAUUACAGGCCUUUGCCAUUACUUUGUCUUCCUUUGAUGGGAAGUUAGCUUGUGAGUGAAUUGAGCAUGUAUAGGCCUAGUGAUAAGAAUCCACUAAAUGGUUGAAGAUGGCUUUGGAAGGGUGCCUCUGUUAUAAUAUAAAAUGUUUAUAGAGGGCUGGCCAUUUUCAAUUGUUUUCAACGCACUGCUUUCACAGAGUAUUUUAAAAUCUCUUGUAAUCUAUUUCAUUUAUAAAAGACUUGAACGAACUGUCAGUGAAUGUUUUGGAACAUUCACCCUUGUAGCCUACAUCACAGGCUACAUAAGCUAGCUCUCAUUGUGUGGCCAAGCACAACUAGGCUUUUUGCUAAACUUUUCAAAGGCUACGUAGCACAUAAAAAUACAACAACAAACUCUGACAAUCGUCAUAUCAGCAUUAGCAGAAUUUUGUGAUAUAUCUGAUGAAAUAUCUUUGACACUCGUGAACAGACCUAUUUCGCUCUGAAAUGGGAAUUGCUGAAUAAAUCUGAAUUGUGUUU